UAUCAUACCUACAACAUAAAUUGUACAACAACUGUUAUCAUCGCGUCUACGGGCGGCGGACGUGUACAAGUGACGUUUGAUACUAGAAAUCGAUAACCUACAAAAACUGAGCAUACCGCAAACAGCUCGCCCGCGUAUUCCGUCAUUCUGUGUUUAUCGUCGUCCCGCACCUAACUGUUCGCGCACCUCGUCGAUGAACAUCAGGCUAAUAAAGUAACAUACGCCAUUGUCCUUUUUUUCUCUCUACCAUUCAACUUGCUGGUCACACGGCAUUCCUGUUAGUUUAAAGUUGUACGUUGCAUUCGUUUUUCGACUCACAACGGACGACUGAAAAAGACGCCUUACACGCGUAGGUACGUCCGUGAUAUUCGAUUACCCGUCGUCGACCACUAAGCUUCUGUCAUUGCUGGUGACUUCCCCGUCUCGUCAACACUCGUCUAGGAACUCAAUCUACGGAAUAUCAAACUGGUGAUCAACUUGCCAAUUGCCUAUACAACUUGAAAACCUUAAAGUGUAAACACUUACCUGGCCCUAUAACAGUGAUACAAUGAGUUAUUUAUUUGCAACAGAGACUUUCAAUUUGGAAGAUAUCGAAGAAUUCACUACUGAGUACCCUGAAUUAUCUGGAGAUGAAGAAAUUUUUUACUUUGAAAUUGUUGAAGAAGAAGACACAGAAGAAACAUCUGAUAGUAACUCUACUUCAAUUGAUAAUGAAGAAAUAGUUUAUUCAACUGAUAAUGAAGAAAUAGUUUAUUCAACUGAUAAUGAAGAAAUAGUUUAUUCAACUGAUAAUGAAGAAAUAGUUUAUUCAACUGAUAAUGAAGAAAUAGUUUAUUCAACUGAUAUUACGUCGCUACAUCAAAUAAACAUAGUCGAUACUAUUAAGUCAUUUUGUGACGAUGGAGGAUCAGAUAUCGAAAGUCAAUCUGAAGAAAUUAUGGACAGUGAAGAACAAAAUUCUAAUAUUCCUCCAGAGAAUCUGAAUGAAUGUACUGAAAAUAUUGAUAGUGUGAUACAAAAUAACAUAUAUGAUAUCAGUUCUGAUUCAGAUGAAAAUACAGGACAAUCCGAGAUUUCUUCAAUAGUAAAUUUAAAGGCCGUACGUUUUAUAAAAAAUCGCAAGAGAACGUUUCCUACCUACUACCAGAAAGAAAUAUUUACUAGAUUGAUACAUUUUUUAAGUAACAAAAUGGUAAACGAUAUUCUGAAUAUACGUAUACAAGCCAAUGGAUAUCGGUUACAUGUAAAAGAUUUAAUGACUUUACUAACGCCGAAAACCUGGCUGAACGACUCUGUGAUUCAAAAUUAUCUCUCACUAUUGGUUAAUUACUGUGAUAAAACAAAGGAAAUGAGUACAGAUUUUUUAACUUCUUAUCAACAAGUUGGGUAUGAUCUUGUCAUUAGAUGGUUUAAAAAAUAUGAUUUAAAUAAUUUCAACCGAAUUGUAGUUCCCAUAAAUCCUGGUAAGGUUCACUGGGCCUUAUUUGUGAUAGAAAUUUGGGAGGGCAAAAUAUAUUAUUUCGAUAGUUAUUCAGAACCAUCUUUUAUGGAAGAGUUGACAUCAAUAACUGAAUUUUUAAGUCGGGCAAUCAUUGACUACAUCAAUUUUUCAGGUGUGCAGAGGACUGCGCCUAAAUAUUGGAAAUAUAUUGAUGGGAAAUCUCCCCUACAAUCAAAUACAUAUGAUUGUGGUGUAUUUACAUGUAUGAAUGCUCGGUAUUUUCUAUUAAAUAAACAACCCUCAGUGAAAUUCACUCAGGAAAAUAUUCCCAUUUUAAGACAAAUAAUUUCGUGGGAACUUCUUACCAGCAGCCUUGAAACUUUUUAACUGAUUAUUAUUUUAAUAAUCUUUAUUUUGAAAACACUAUAUUGUGUAUUGUUAUAUAAUGUAUAUUUGAAUUGUUGAAACAUAAUAAAUUAGGAUUAUUAAUUUUGUACCCGGUAAGAGAAUUACAAGUCAGGGUAAUAAUUGUUUUUUUUUUUUUUUACUUUUGUAUAUUAUAUAAUAUAUUUACGCAUAAAUCUCCAGCAACAUCAAACGAACUCAGUAUUCUAAUCGUUUGUGAUGUCAUAUUAUAAUAAUAUAUCGAAACCUUGACUAUGUUUAUAUUUAAAACUGAACUGUCGGUAGAAGACGAUGAUUCCAUUUUGGUUUUGCUAUAUAUUCAAAGGGUCUUAGGCUUGAGACUGUCACCGACGUAACAUAUGAGACUGAAAAAUAUCAGUAAUAUACAAGAUGUAUGAUACGCCUUUUGUGUUUUUUUGCUUGAAGACACUUAUCAUCACUACCUAACUGAACGAUUACUUACAAUAUCGGCCAUGUGAACCAAAAACUAUGAAACAAACUUCACAACAUUCAUUGACACUUGGUGUGUGUUAACUGCUUUUGUAUAAUAAUAUAAAAUUUUAUAUUUUAUUUUAUAAUUUCUAAUAUGGUCCAUACUCCACUUCAAACGAUUAUGUCAAUUUUAAUCUUUAAAAAAUCGACUACUUAACAUUUUAUAUUUUAUCCUCAUAGUAUACUGAUGGCUACACUAUCUGUGGGGAGAUGUUUACGUAACUGUAUAAUUUUUAUAUAAUUAUAUAUUAGUUAGGUAUUUAUAAUUACUUUUGUGUUUUUUUUUUUAUUUCAAAAUUGUACUUUUAUUUGGUUGGUUUGUUACACAUCAAUUGUAUUUACCAUUAUAAUUAUUUAGUUAUAAAUAUUGAAUAAUAUCUAAUAGAAAUCAAAAAAAAAAAUGUUUAUUAGUAUAGAAAAUAAUAAGUAGUAGUAGUUAAUAUCUUAUGACAUUAUGUUUAUAAUUAUAAGUAAAAUUUAUCAAUUAUAAUAUCUCAUUAUUUAUAUUAUCAUUUGAUUGCUAAAAAUGCAUUUGUAUGUUGUUAUUUCUACAAUAUUAAUGUGUAGUUUUAAUUCAGAUUAAAAUAAAGAAAAUCACGCUUGAAAGAGCAACUAAA